AAUUUUUAAGGGUUAAUUAAGUGCUACAGAAAGCAAAAUUAUUUGGUUACUUCAGAGUUUAUUCAACAAGUCUAUGAAAACCCAUACUUCGAAAGUAUCUCUUUAAUUCACCCAGUAUCAAACUAUAGAAUAACCUCAAGCUGUUAAAAGAGUUGGGCAAGGUAUGUUCAACUUUUCUUUUGUCAUGCAGAGGUAUUCUGUGACUGUUGCCGUACAGGCUUUCUGAUGUUGUGAGGAUAUUAGCAUUCCAUUCUUCCAUUCCAGCAUUCCUUGUAUUACCUAUGUUGACAACUUUUUAAAGCCUAUUGGGUGCGUUUAACAGGUGGUGUGGUAUUGGGUUGGUUUUGGUUCAUGCCAUGUUUACUUUGGGAAGUAACAUAACAUAAGUAGGUGGGGUUGGGUAAGCUCUUGUUCUUACCACCUUUAUCUUUUAACUUUGUGCUUGCUCACUUCCAUUUAUUUUAUUAAUUUGUAUGUCCUCUUCUAGUAUUCAUACCCUCCCUAUUUUCAAUAUGACCUCCAGUCCAAACCUUACAAGCAAUGCUCAGAUGAACAACAUGUUAUGAUGAUUGAUGAAAUGAGAUUAGCAGAGUUCUGAUUCUCAGGUGUGACAGUUCUAGUAUUUUAGUAAAUGCUCAAAACAGUUCCACGUCUGAUUUUCAAAAAUCCAGGCAUAGGAAGGCAUCCCUAAGAUUGAUGUAUAAUGCAGUGAAUAAGUCAAGAUCUUAAACUGAUUACACCUUCAAUGGCAAAGAGCCAAAACACAGGUGAGAAAGUAGUUUAUAGCUGGCUUGGUUGUAAAGAUGCUGGUUGCAUUGUGUACAGGUAUGCAGGUGCAAGUGUGCCACGAAGUUCUCAACCUCGCGUAGUUUUGCUUCAGUAUUGGAGGAGGCAAUAUCACAAACUUGUUUAUACUGGAUAAUCUGUAAUUAGUAGUGGAUUAAUUUUUUGGAGGACCAGUAUGAAAAUGAACUCAGCACCCCAGAAGGCGUUGGUGUGUUUGGCAAAGAAUGUGUUCUACUUCUUAGUAUGUGCCACUAGUGCAAUGUUUGCGUAAAUGACAUUUCCCCUACUAGUGAGUCAUGCUUUGUGUUAAUAAUCUUUUAAAGACAUACUAGGUGCAACGGGCUGAUGUACAGUUUUAGCUGAGAGAGGAAAACAAUAGUGGUUUCCAAAAGUUGUUUUCCUUGGCCUUUACUGAGACUGACCCAAUACUUAUCUACAUCCUUUUUUAUUCUUAGCCUGUAACCAUUGGGUGUUUCAAAAUGUUGUAGUUCUAGAAGUGCCCCCAAACAUUGAAGUCUUAAGAUGUUUCGUGUAUUUCCCAGCGGCUUGGUCUCACCAUUGUGAUGAUGCCAUUUUAAAAUGUGAUUCUAAGAACUGCGUAUCUGUUCUGUCUGGGAUGUUGCUGAGCUAAUUGAGUCAAGUCCAUAGCUUUUGUAAGGGUUUUACUCUGUUCAUGACAACUGACUGAUGUUAAAAACGUGCUAGUUAGGUUAAUCAUAGUCUCUUUUCUUAUUGUGAAAGACUGUUUCGCUAGUUUGGGACACUUCUCUACUUAAUGACUGUGUCUGUCUGACAUCAAGUAGCAAGUACCUUGUAAAUAAGGAUUGGAGAGAAUGAUGUGUUACUGAAUGGUAUCUGUAGUAUCAGACAGCAGAGUGGAAUGCACAAUAGAAGGGGAAGACACUGAACUCUAAUGAUUGUGGAGAAGAACCGAAGUAUAUUUGUGAAGGUCUAGUUCAACUUGCAUUUGACAAGCUCUCCCUGUUGGGUCCAGAAUCACUUCCCCUUACUUCAGCAGUAUCAGUACCACAGUGAUCCGCUUACAGAGCUCCUUCCAGUGAUCCGCUUACAGAGCUCCCAAGCUCUUGUGCUGACUGAUUCUCCUGGCCCCCUUUUUACCAGUUUAUAUAGAUGACAGAGCUUCUAAGAAGACUCAGAGGUAACCAGACAUUUUGACUCUUGAAUAGAAUACCAGAACAUGUCCUUUUCAGUAUGCAUAUCCAGUGUACCAGUCUGACUUGCUGGUAACAUGCUUUAGGGAUACAGUAGGUUCUACCCCACCAGUGAAACUGUUAUGAUGAGUCAGGAUGAAAAUCUGUGCACUUGAUUUCUUAAGCUAGAUCUAAAAAAAAUUAGGUAUGUGACUGAACAUUAUAAAAGGCAAUUUUCCUUUUCCAGUCAGUAAAUGCUAGUCUUCCUCUGCAGGUGACAUUAAUAGUUCUUACUGUAUUGCUUUCUGAUCAGGCCACGUAGAACCUGGGUAUUCAUGUAUUCACUAUUUUUUUCUACUAAUUUUUUGAAAUCUCAGCUUUUUGUCAAAUUGUUCAGCAGUGGACUCUUUCCAGGUGGCAUGAUUCGUUUUCUUCAUGGUCCUCCAAUUAAUUGUUUUCUUAUGUAAAGAAUGAAAGUAGAGAGCUACUGUUGCUCCUCUGGAGCUUUGAAGGUGCAACUCUGUGCUUGGUUUGUUCUACGGGAAGUGCAGGUCUACCCAGGGGAGGAGCUACAACAGCUAUGUUUGUCAUGCCUGAUUGCUUUGUCAAGAACAAAUUUGUCUUAGCUCUUUCUGCCCUACAUCAUUAAAGAACAAAAAUCAACCCAGUCAGCUCCUGAAAUACCAUAUAGCAUUUCCCUGGACAAGUACGGUAUGGUAUGUUCCAAAAAAGUGUCUAAAGUGCUCAUUUAUAUCCAAAGGAGGGAUGAUAAAACUGCAUUAAUUGAGAAGCAGCCCUUGCCAGAACAGCUAUGGUUAAGUGUAAUAAAGACCAAGAACAACUUUGAGCUCAAUUCAGAAAAACCACAUCCAUUUUUAUUUUUCCUCAUACACCAACAACCUGAUUUUAAGUGAUAGGUAACAGGGAUCAAAUCCCUGGGAACCCCUUAUGCUCCCUGUUAAGUCACAGUCCCAAACUUGAAGUCAGUGCACAAAAUAAGUUUAUUUUUGCUUCCAGAGGAUGGUUUGACUAGCUGCUGCUUUUCAUGUGUCAAAGCUGAAGUGUGAAUAUUCAAUGUGGUAUGGCCAUACUGUCAGAAGAUCAAUUUGGUAAUGGAGUUUAGGCCCCUUCUGUCACAGGCAAUCCUUUUUGAACUCCUGUCUGAAGAUUAUAUUUCAUCCUCUGUUUUAUCAAAGACUUUUUUUUUUUUUAACAUUAUGACUUGGAAACUUCAGUUCUAUUUUUUUUAUAGUUUAAGUAUCUGUGGGAGUAUCAAAUUGAAAUAAAAGGACCAGCCAUGUUUCUUCUUGGCCUUGUUUUCGUUAGAGUAAGCAUGAUGAGGUCCUGCAAUAUUUUAUAAAAUAGAUUCUUCAUUCUCUAGUCAAAAUCCUUUUUAGCAGCUGCUUCAUUUGGAGUGUGGAUAACCAGAAAGAUAUGAAGUGUUUCAGGUAAGAACUCCUGAAGUCACAGAUACAUGUUCCAUGUGUAGUGAAAGUUUUGUAUACGCUACUGGUACUUUGCAGUAGAGCUCUGUGGCAUUUUGUAUUUACUAGUAGGAUUCUGUUCUGUUCCACAGACAUGCUUGUUGCAUAUCAUGGUACUUCCACCUGAAGUACUGUGGCUUAAACCGAGGAAUGUGAUAACCUGCAUUGUGCAAUGUAAUUGUAGGACAAAAGGACUGAAACAUAUUUUUUCUUUUUUUUUUUAGUGUGUAACUUAUUUUUCCUCUUCCAAAACUAUGGCAAAUAUUGAAUGAUUAACACUUUGCAAUGUCACUUACUAAAAGUGCAACUUAAGUACUUUCCAGAUCCCAACUACCCCUUGCUAUUGGAGGUGUAUUUGGAUACAUGAUCUUAUUAUAUGUAUUACUUAAAGUUGGCAGAUGUUUCCCUAGCGGGUACACACUUAAGGAAGCCUGAGAGCAGGACUGGUUGUAGUUGGAGAAAAUGUCUUGUGCCUUAUAUAGGCUCUUUUUUUCUCUGAGGUUCUCAGAAAUCUGACUCAUUUCUAGUUCUACAGAUCACUCAGUUCACGCUGCUGUGCUGGUGGUGGGAACACCUAAUUCAUGAUCAGAGUAAUACUAGUAUGUAGCAUUUGCAGCUUAUCAAAAAAUAAGUAUAUGUAGUAGUAGUGGAUGUGUUGAACACUUAAUGAUUUCUUGCCAAAGCUGGAGGCUGCUAAUGACAACUUAAUGUAGAUUCUGUUGGAGGCAUGGCUUUCAAGAAUAUCUUAGCAUAUGAGAGGUAGAGAAAACUACGUUUUUUAAAAAAGUUUAUUUGUAUCUGUUAUGUUGAUAACGAUAGCAUGUAUACAUGCUCCAUACUGUUUGUUUUAAACAGUACAACAUGAUCUUCAGUCUACUUGGUCAGCUGUGCUGGUUUCCCAUCACUUUUUCUUUCUGUGCUUAAAAACUGAUGCUGUUCCUCCAAGCUGUAAUGGGAUCAGCACAGUUCUGAUACAACUUCAGCUACUUCCAUCUAUCUCCAUACAAAGCAUGGAAGCAUUAACACUUCAGUUAAAGGAAAUUUUGCAACAUACCUAAAUUACGGCUAUGUCAAUGUCCAUAAAUUUGUGAAAUAAAUCUACUCACCCUCUGUUACAUACAGGAACUUGGAUGUCUUUACUUCAUUACUGAUGUUAAAUGGAAACAAACAACAGUUGAUGGGUUUUAAACAUUGAUUCAGUUAUCUUUUCACAAGAUAAAUGAGUUGGUAGACAUCAAGAUUGGUAGAGAUAAGACAUAAUACAAAAGAAUUGGUGACACUGACAUUUUGGUAGGUGGAAAAAGGCAUGUUUUAAAAUAAAUUGCUCACUUAAAACUGUAAAACAGUGAAAAAAACUAAUAUUAGAAUGUUUGGACAUGAACACUUUGGUACUGUCAUUUAAUGGCAUCUCACUGGCAUAAAUUGAAUGAGAUUGCAAUAUGUUCCCUUAAUUUUAUCCUAGUAUUUCGGGGGAAAACAUUUCUCCAAAUUCACAGAAAUCUUCCACUUAAGUAUUCUGUUUUCAAACUGGGCUGGUAAGUCAACUAUUAACUCCAGGCUGCCUCCUAAUCAUCUUUAUUGUGCCUACCUGGUCUGGUUACAUAUAUGAGAAUCCUACUUGCUUAUUCCCUAUGCUUUCUUUUCCUCUCCUGAAACUCAGAAGAUUGAAAGCAAUACUGCUUCUCUCUGCAGCUUUGCAGCAGACUCCUCUAGAAGCGCUGAAUGUUUUGUGACACUUCCACUUAUGACAUGCUUUUUCAUGAUUGAGUACACCAGUGAAAAUGGAGUAAUUCCACCCAGGUGAAUGUAGUUUCAUUGGAGGAGGACAGAAGAGGUUUUCUGUGGUAUAUAAGCAUCUAAGUCAUUAUAGGAAAUAUUUCUGUUCCACAAUGGAGAUGGAAACAUAUUAAGUCCACUACAUGUUAGAAAAAUAUAUAUUUCUAAUAUAUAGGGUUAUAUUUCUAAUAUAUAGGUAUAUUUCUAAUAUAUAGGUACAGUACAAUAGCCCUUUAAACUUUGCUUACAUGGCUAUUGCUUUAUUGAUCCUUUGAUAUUUGGUGGGUACACUAAGUACAAUUGUGGUAAAACAGCAAGAGUUGGCAGAAGUCCUUGUAUACUUUUUUGUCCUCAUUAUAAACCUAUUCUGAUCAAUAUUUAACACUUUUAUUCUCAGUAGAAAUCCCUAAACCUGGUCAGUGGAAAGAUGGUAAACUUCAUCCAUUCUGGCUUUAUGUACUUUAAAAGUGCCUAUAGUAUAACUUUUUAUUUACUUCAUACUGUCUACAAAAGAACCACACCCCCCAAACCAGAAGUAGAUGUUUUUGAACAGGCCAGAAGACAAAACAUACCUGCCUUUGGCAAACUCCUUCGUAUCUCUGUGGGCUACUUGACCGUGCCCUUGCCUUCCAUUAAAGAACCCUUCACCAUCAACGCCCAGGAAGCGUUGUUUACUUACAGGAAUAGGGGCCGCGACAGGCUGGGGGCUGCUGCUCUCCUCCCUGGCCUUUUGCUCGGCUCUGGUUCCUUACGUUGGGGGGGGGGUCCCUCCGCUCGCCCCCUGCCCCGGCCGGGCCGCCUCAGCGCCCUGGGAGAGGCCGGGGCGGGGCGGCCGCGGGCCCCGGGCCUCACCUGGCGGCGGCAUGGCCGGACCGGGCUGGGGCGGCGCCGGGGGCAGAGUCCGUCGCGGGAAGCCGGCGGCAGGAGCGUGCGGCAGGCGGGGAAGAUGCCCCUGGGGCUGGGAAACAAGAAGAAGGGCAAGGCCAAGGACACCUCCAAGCUGGUGGACAGCGAGGCGGGGGCCCCCGCAGCCGCCCCACCGGCAGCAGGGGUAGCCCCGGCCGGGACGGGGAGCGCGUCGCGGCUGCAGUUCCACGCGCAGCUGGCGCACGGCAGCCCCACGGGCCGCGUGGAGGGCUUCGGCAAUGCCCGCGAGCUCUACGCCAAGGUGGCCGAGGCUUUCGGCAUCGCCCCCGCAGAGAUCAUGUUUUGCACUUUGAACACUCAUAAAGUUGAUAUGGACAAGCUGUUAGGUGCUCAGAUUGGCCUUGAAGAUUUCAUAUUUGCCCACAUAAAAGGAAAACGAAAAGAAGUCGAAGUUCUUAAAUCUGAUGAUAUGCUUGGACUUACCGUUACAGACAAUGGAGCUGGCUGUGCAUUUAUAAAGCGAAUCAAAGAAGGUAGCCUUAUGGACCAAAUCAAAAUUAUCUGCGUGGGUGAUCACAUAGAGUCUAUAAAUGGAAAAGAUGUGUCAGAUUGUCGGCAUUAUGAAGUUGCCAAAAUGCUAAAAGAUCUGGAGAAAGGUCAGAUGUUUAAACUGCAGUUAAUAGAACCCAGGAAAGCAUUUGAAGAGAUAGAACCAAGGUCCACAGGUGGAACUCUGACAGCGGCUAAAAUCUCCAGAGGGAGAGAAACACUUCGUCUGCGAACUAAAGGCCCUGCCACUGUGGAGGAAAUGCCAUCUGAAGUUGAAGAAAAAGCAAUAAAAAAAGUGGAUGAGCUUCUUGAAACAUAUAUGGGAAUAAGAGAUAUUGAAUUAGCUGCAACAAUGGUGGAAGCUGGAAGAGACAAGAAAAACCCAGAUGAAUUUGCAGUGGCAUUGGAUGAAACUCUCGGAGACUUUGCAUUUCCAGAUGAGUUUGUCUUUGAUGUAUGGGGAGCAAUAGGAGAUGCUAAGCAAGGACGACUGGAAUGAGAAUUGUGUGUCAAUCCCUAUUCAAAAGUACAAAAUGACUUUCAAACACAUCAGAAUACUAAUACUUUUAUUGUUAUAAAUCUAGGGUGCUCUGUAUAAGUAUUCGUAUCAGAAAAAUUCUAUUGCAAAAGAAGGUUUUUAACAAAUAUGAAGAUAAACCCAAGAUUUUGACAACUGCACACUUAAAACAAACUACAUGUAGAAAUCAAUGAGAAGAUUGUGUCAAGGAGAUGUAUACACACAUUUUAUGAAAAUUAAUGUGCUUAGAUAUCAAUAUUUUGAAGUGCUAGACAUGCAACAACAAAAAAGGCCUAUUUUAUCUCCUUUUCUUUAAGAAAGGUUUAUAUACUUGAUGGAAAACUACUCAGCAAGACACUGCAGUUCCAUGGUCUUUUCUUGUUCUCAUGUGUUCAACCACACUGAGAGCUGUGGAAAACCUGAAGCCUUAGGCAUUUAUACUGUUCGGCUGUAUUUAUUUUUUUCUGUAGACAAAGCUGGGAAUAAGCCACCCUACUUCUGGAAAACCUGCAUUCAAGAAAAAAAUAUUCCUCUGGGACAUUAGAACUAUGACCUUAAAAUGAAAAAGACUUUAAUUUUUGGUAAAAAUACAUACUGCCUAGGUAUUUCUGAAAUGAUUAAGUAUAGUAGAAAUGCCUAAAACAGGAAUCUGCUGCUUUAUUCAGAUGCCAUGUUAUCACAAUAGCAGCUGCAUAAGAAGAAACAAAUGUUAAUUUUGGUUACUAUUCAGAUAUUUGAGUAAUAUGUAAUCUUACACUGGAGGCUGUAGUAUGUGACUAAGUGCUUUAGUAAUCUUUGCAUAUGCUAAAUGCCUUGCUGAGAUCCUGUGAAGUUCCCCCUUUGUCUUGUCUUUUAUUUUUUUUUUCAACAUGGCAACAUAGAUAUAUUUAAGGUGUUCGAAAUCAGCAGAUACUAUUGUAAAGUCACAGUUUGGAUGAAAAUGUGUGCCUAAAACCUAAUCAAUAAACUAAAUUAAUUUUAGAUGUUAGGAUUUCAAAUUAUACUGUACAUAAAUAUUUAUUUUAACUGAUGGUGUUUUACUAAUAAAUCUCAGAUUAUUAAAAAUGAACUGUCUCUUUUAACGUAUCUACUAUGUCUGCAUUUACCUUCCUGUUCACUCUGUGUUUAAUCAAGAACAAUGUUUUGUUUUUACUCAGAACUAUAUUCUUUUUCAGUUUUUCCUGUGCUGGAUUCUAAGCAAGACUGAUAAUUGCUCAUUUAUUUGGAAAACACUGUUUUCAAGAAUUAUUGCAGUCAGUGAUCCUGAUUAGAUACAUAUAUAUAUACAUAUGAAAUUUAUAUUUUAGCCAAAUAACACAUAAUGAGUAUCCUUGAAAAUGAAAUUGAACAAAAAUAUGGGGCCUGACUAUGAAGUCUUGUAAACACAGAAAAUUUGAGUUAGUAAAGAUAAAUCAUAAUUAAGCUUUGUAAGCAGAUGGUUAAAUGUUAUAAAUCCCAUUGAUCAAAUGAGGUUAUGAGAAUAUUAUUUUGAGAAGCAUAAUUUUAGGGAGGAGAGUAUAAGUUGGAUAACUUUUCUCUGUAUUUAGUAAUUGUGAAUCUGAGCUCACAAUCUUCUGCUGCAGUUGAGCACAUCUUCUGCCAUGCAGUCUAACUAAGCUACUCUUGGUAAUAAAGGGCUAAAACAUAAUAUAUAAUAAAUAGUAAAAAGUAUAAAGUAUAAUAUAAUGUAUCAUAUAUAUAAUUUAAUAAAGUAUAAUAAUAAAAGUAAAUAUGUAUAUAAUAUAGUAUAUGAAGUGAAUGUAAUUUAUUCUUUAAACUCAUUUUCAUUGAAAAGAAAAAGUGAAAUGUCAGCAAUGAAGUGCUGAGAGUUGGUGUUGUUUCCAUGUCCACUUUGAAUGGUUAUAUAGAAAUCCCAAAUGUCAAAUUUUGUGGAAGUGUUGGAAAAUGUUUAUAUAUGCUAAUGUUAUUAAUCAACAUGCCAUUGAUUAUAAAAACAAAUAAUUCCUUCUAAAAAAAAAAAAGCAAUAAACUGUACAUUGAAGGAGUUAAAUUACAAACUAAUAAUAAAAUGUUAUCUAUAGCAGAUAA